AUAUUAUUUCUAUUUCAAAAUUGUAUAAAAGUGCUCUGAUAUAAGUUAGAUACUAGUACUAUGUAACUACAAUCAGUUUUUUGACGUCUUAUUACAAAGCGCGGCGCGUCGACUAGUGCCAUCACCGAUAAUUAAUUCAGGGGUUUUUACUAUGUCACAUCACUAUUUUUAUUUCAUUAAAAACUGACAACACCGUAAACGUCAGUUGACUUCGCCUAAUUAAAAAUACGACUAUAGAGUUAUUUUUGUUAAUAUAUCAAUAUGUUUGUUUAAUAUAAUAUAACUAAAAGAAGGAAAAUACUGAGUUUUACGAAUCUUUUAUCGACCACCGUAUAUUUAUUAUUUUGUGAUCUUCAGUAACGAGACAGCCGGCAUAAGGUUCAUAUAAAAAGUGAUAAAAAAUUUAUCAUUCGCGGUAGACUCUUCAUUUGCGUCGGGCAAAAUACAAUAAAAUAAAAGUAUAAUUGUUAAUUAAUCGACAAUGAAAGAACCAUAUACUUCUGGUGAAAAUGGAAGUGUCUAUAAAUUACUCAGCAAACUUUGUGAAAAAACAGCACAAUAUUAUUGUCAACAAAGCAGAGUUUCUGUCAAACAACUUGCUUCGAAAAUGAGAUCUCAAUCAUAUGAAAUUUUAUUAAAUAAAUCGAAAAUAGGUGUGCCAAUAUCUAACAGUGACCCAAUUGUUGAUUUGCUGUCCUGCCAAUUCACAUUGCAGCAAAAAGUUACAAAUGUAGCUGAGUAUAAACAUGCAGUUGAUCUUAAGAAAUCUAUAAGUACUAUAAAAAAGUUAGGCUUAGAACUUGAUAGUGAUUAUGUAUACAGUGUAGUAAGAGUGCUUAUAGGUAUCCACAGCAUAGAAACACAUAAGUUAUCUUCAGAACUACAUCAGAGACCAUUUUCUUUUGGAUUGUUAGAAGAAAUGCUUCCAAAGCCAAACAAGGAAUUUUUUGGUUCUCCACAACCAUAUUCAUUAUAUCCUUCUUAUAUAUUUCAUUUACCAUUUAAAUUAAAAAGCAAAGACACAGACUUAAAUGGUAGAAAGGACAGUUUUAUAAAAUACACAGUGACAAACAUUGACUCUAGUUCUUUGGUGCAAAAUUGUAAUACAAUUAAGGAUACAGAAGUAAAAUCAUUUCUCACUCCAAUAACAUUAUCUUCAGCAACUUCAACACAAGUAUCACCAUAUUCUGAAUGUGACAUAUAUAAUUUACCACGGCUUACUACUCCAAGAGAUCUUAUAAUACCUAAAGCAACUGUGGUACCUAAGAUAUCCUUCCCAAAAACAGAGGAAGUGUCGGAGGCUAACAGCAAUUGUACAGAGUUAAAUGAAUUGAACAUUUGGGAGUUAGCAUCGCAAGUUGACAAGGACAUACCAGUAGAUAUUUGGAAUAUUGUUUCAAAACUCCCUUCUAUAAACGAAAGACAAUUAAUAGCAACUUCGUCGAGAGAAAUGAGAUUGUGGCGACAAACAUUUGGUUCUAUGACUGAUUACAAUGUUAUAUCAGAGAGGCAAUUUAUAAGGCAUAUCACGUAUUUAUUAAUUGGCAUUGAGACAAGAACUUUUCCACUAAACAAACAAACUAAUUCGUUCCGUUUAAAGAUCAAUUUGGUACUUGAAUGUAUAUCUCGUGAGCUUUUAGAAGGGUAUGUGGCGCCCCUGUUGAUAAUUGGUACAUUUUAUAGACGAUUGUAUGAGUUUGCGUUUAAUUAUUCAGUUGAUCACGAUAAAGGACUCGUUUAUGAGGCUGCACGAGAAACAGUGAGGCUAUAUUUAUUAAAAUUCCGUCUCCAAGUAACCAAUAUAUUUGAGGAGUUUAGCAACACUAUAGAUGACGUGAACUGUAUGCCGACGUUAUUGCACAUACUACACCACAUUGAACCACUGAAAUAUGAAAUACAGACUGUGGCAUCUAUAUACAAACUAGAUAGUUUGGAUGCAAUCAUAAUGCCAUAUGGGGCCGAACUGAUGUCGUAUCUAUUUAACGAGAUAUCGUUGGUAACACACAAGAGAACUGCCGAAACCCUUUACAACUCGUUAUUUAUUGUGUGUCGGGUUUAUUUCAAAUUUAUCGAGAAAUUCAUCUUCGAGGGCGAGUUGGAUGAUUACUUUAACGAAUUUUUUAUACGAAAAGACAAUCAGUACGUUAACUCUAGAAGCAAAAGAUAUUGGGAUAAAGGGUUUCAUAUAACUUUAGGAGUGGCCGUACCUGACUUCUUGAGACCUUUAGCUUCUUGUAUACUCUUAUGCGGGAAGUCAUUAAGGCUGUUAAAGCUUUGCAAUCCAACAGACCCGCUUAUCUUGAUAUCAACAGACCAUCCGUCCGUUCGCUGUUGCUCCAACUUCGAAGAACUGGAACGAGAACAGCAAUUAUUAGACGUUUAUCGGACUAGGUGUUUAUUCGUGAGUGGUGAGCCGGUGACGUUUGAUCAAAUAUUGCUGAAACGAGAGGCUGAGAGAAAGGCUUUCACAGAAAUGGCGUCGUUGAAGCAGGCGGAGACCAUGGAGAAAAUUGUAGCCGAACGAAAACGUCUAGCCCAGCUAAUUAUAGCGGAGAAACAGCAUUCAUUAAGAGUACUAGAAGCUGCAAUGGCUGAGGCUAAAGCGUCCAAAAACAGGGUAAAGCAUCGCGAGAAACAUAUCUUGCAACUUGAAGAAAUCGCCGAUAAGGCCACCGAGGAAGUCGACUCUAAAUUGAAAGAUGAUGAAAAAAAUAAAAUGCUGGAAUACUAUUCAAAAUUAAACAUGGAAGUGGAAAAAAGUAAAAUUCACACGGAAUGGAAAAUAAAACGGCUCCAACUCGACCAAACUCGCAUGCAAUUGCUUUCCACAGAAGAAAGAAAUCUGAAACGUGAAAAACUAGAGUUAGAACACCAGAAAAACGAGGAAAUAAUGGCUAUGUCCAUACAAAGUGAUUUCAAAUCUGAAGAUGGACUAGAUGAAAUGAAAAUGGUAGAAUCAACCAGUUCUUUGGGUGAAGUAAAUUCUGAAUCAGAACUCAAUAUUAAUAGAACGAAAUCCAAAACAUCAAACGAUGUAUUUACUGCAAUGUGUGCUAAUAAACAUAAUUUUCGUGCAUGUGAUAAUGAAAUACAACUAGAUGCUCAAGGAAACAUCGUUAAUACUGAAAAUAAAGACGCUACGUCAAGUGAUGUUAUAGGUGGCAAUUUAAACGAGGUCUUUGAUAAUCAAAUGUUUUUGGAAGGAAGGGAGGAAGCUCUUAAGAAUAAAAUGAAAGUUAUGACGCAUGAAUUCGGAGAUAACAAUAAUCCCAUAAUCGUACUCACUGCUGUUGAUGAGGAGAAUAAUAUCAGUACACCAUUUAAAGAGGCGCGAAGAAACAAACUUAAAGUGCUGGGUGAAUUUGAUAAAACAGAACGAAACGACAAAAUCUAUGAACCUACAACCGAUGCGCAAAAGGAAGCUGUUAUUAAUAAGAAAAAGGUUCUAAGUGCGGAAUUUGGUAAAUCAGAACCUUUCAAUCACCCCGGACCGAGAGAUGAAGCACCUAUAACCGAAGCGCAUAGAGAAGCCAUUAUUAAUAAGCAAAGAGUGCUAGGUGCGGAGUUUGAUAAAACUGAUUCCAUCGAAAAAGAAAUUUCAGCCGAACCAAGAAACGAUGCACAAAGGGAAGCUGUUUUAAAUAAGCAAAAAGUGUUAGGUACAGAAUUCGAAAAUACCGACUCUGUAACGAAGGCAGAUAUAUCCGAACCGAGAAAUGACGCACAAAGAGAAGCCGUUAUUAAUAAGCAGAGAGUACUAGGAGCGGAAUUUGGUACAUUCGAUUCCGUAGUUACAUCCGAUUCGAGAGUUUUUGGAGAGUCAAGGACAGAAGCGCAAAGGGAGGCGUUAAUAAAUAAGCAAAAAGUAAUGGGGGUCGAAUAUAAUUUGCCAUUAGAGAGAUUGGCGGAACGGGAACCGGCAAACAUCGCUCAAACAGAAGCUUUGCGUAACAAAAGUAAUAUUAUGGGAUCAGAACAUUAUGGAUCUAGAUCACGUGUCGACGUCAAAAAAUCUGGGUUAAAAUUGAAUUUGAAACCGUUUGGAGACUGCAGUAAUACUGGGGCUGUUACGCCAGGGGAAUUGUUUCCAGGGCUAGAUUUGGAAACUCCGACCACGGCUGAAAUGCCAACGGAUGGCCCGAUGACAAGUGACAUUUUCACCCCACGAAGCGAAGACAAUCUAGAAAAACCAGAACAGGAUUAUUUAAGACCGGAAUUCGAUUUCUCGAUCAUUGUCGAUGAAGCUCCGUCGAUCAGUGACCAGGCAUCACCGAUGAAAGUCGAUGAAAAAUCCACACUUAAUGUCUUAAACGGUUCAUACAGUUUGGAAAAUUUUGAUCCGUUUGGCGUUAAAAUUUCAAAAAAAUUGGAAUAUCAUACAGAAAUUUCGUAUUCGGAUCCGGCGAAAAUUUUCGCGGAAAUGAAGAAAACUCCUUAUAAAAAUAUAUAUAAAACAUCUAUUGAUGAAGACGAGUGGGUAGUUUGCGAUAAUAUUGCAACACUGACAGCUUGCCUUCAAAGAUCUGUAAUGUUGCCGCUUACGUAUCAAUUGGAAGUGGUUAAUAAUUCGAUUUUAACCCAUUUUCUGGUAAAUUUGGAUAUGUACGAACACCUGAAAAGUCUAAAGGAUUAUUUCUUUUUGAUGGAUGGUGAAUUCUCUAGGAGUAUAUGCGACAAUUUAUUCGCGAAACUAACUAAGACAUUGAAUCCUCAAGAAUUGUUGAAUUUUUCAACAUUACAUAAUAUUUUGGAUAAGGCGCUGGGAUCAUCAAUUUCGCACGUGCACAAAUUUUCCGAAAACCUGUCGUUUUCCAUUCCGGAUGUUCCGCUAAGUUUCCAACAUAGUUCCCCCGAUGUGUUACAAUGUCUGUCUCUAUCUUACACCGUAACUUGGCCUCUCAAUAUAAUAAUAUCGCAAGAAGCAUUAUUGAGAUAUGCAAAGGUUUUUCAAUUUUUGAUCAAGAUGAGGAGGAUAUUUUGGGUUUUAAGUCAAGAUUUCGAGCUAUUAAAACUAUCCGUAAAACUAAGUUCGCAUUCGCGUAAAUUACUACGAUCGCCACAGUACAUAUCAGUGCAACUCUACCGACACAUAAUGGCGUCUUUGAUCCGGGCUUUAGACAACUAUAUAGUGACCACGUGUAUCCUAACUUCGUGGACGGAGUUCGAAAAGGACCUCAAGAAGGCCAAAACUUUGGAUGAUCUUUACGAAUGCCACGUUGUCUAUAUAAAGAAUGUACUUUUUAGAUGCCUUUUGAAUAAUAGAUCGACGCCUGUUAUGAAGCUGUUGAAUGAUAUUUUUACGGUUAUUUUGAAGUUUAGUAGGGUUUUAAAGGCUGGAGAAUGGCAACAAAAAGAUGAAAACGGCCACUUCACUCAUACAAAUUUCGCGCAGCUAGAGGAAUUGUAUCAUUUAUAUGAAAAACUAACGAAAUACUUGCACAAAGUUAUCACCAAAUUGAUGGAGUGUGGAUAUCAACGCCAUCUAGUGGAAUUAUUGACCAUGGUCAAUUUAAAUGGAUAUUAUGAUCCGGAGAGACAUGAUAAUACAAGUAGUGGUUAAUUAUUUAAGUUUCUGUUAUGUUUGCAUUUUGUAAUUAUAAUACUUAAGAGAUCUGGAUAGAAUUUUGCUGAUACAUUUAAUCAUAAUAAUGCUUUUACGGCAAUAGACGAUAGAUGCUUGUUAGAACAAUAACUAAGUUUUUGUUAGUUACUACAUUAAUACUCAUACUCUAAUAAUGUUGAUAGUUAACAAAAUUGUGAUAUUUAACCCACCUUAAUCAUGAUUUAGCUUUACAAGGUAUGGACAUUUUAUUUUAAUGUAUUGUAAUAAGUAUUUAAUUAUCUAGUAACUGCUUUAUUGCGAAUAGCGCCAUCUAUGUUAAUUGUAAUAAUUAUUGUUUGAUUACUGAAACAAUUUGUAAUUGUAGAAAUAAUUUUUGCUUUAACAACAUAUUUUCAGCAUCCCUAGAACGAAAAAUACGUACCGUCUCAUAGUUAGGGUAAAAAAGUCGAAUAUAUUAAAAUAUCGCUGAAAUAUCAUUUUAAUAGUAAAAUAUAUAAUGUCUCAUUUUAUACAUGAAAAUAUCGAAAAUUGCUAAGGAUAUAAAAUCUCAAACGAUUUCUGUAGUUAUCUUUAGGAAAAUAUGUAGUAUUGGUACAACAAAUAAAUUAUAUUGUUAUUUUUAUAAUAAGAGUCACCAUACAAAAACAUCAAUAAGUGCCUUUCCGUUUAAUUUUUUAUGUAUGAUUGUGAUAAUUAUGUUGUUUACUUGUUAAAGCGAAAUUAUUGCAUUUAAUUAUUAAUAAAACAUAUCUAUGUG